AUGCAUGUCACAAGCUCAGAUGAUGCACUCUGGGAGCCCUCGACCGAAGAGCUCGGCGACUACAAGCAGCUCUUCCUUCGCCUGGUGGGCGACGCAGACGCCCUCCUCGGGGCCCAGGGAGGCAAGGAGGUGCUGGAGCGCAGCGGUCUCCCUCUGACAGAGCUGGCAGCCAUUUGGUACCUAGCCGAUGUGGACGGAGAUGGCCAGCUAGCCUUGUGCGAGUUCGCCUGUGCCAUGCACCUCACAGCCAGGCGUCGUGCUGGCGCCGUGCUGCCGGAGGAGCUGCCGUCACCUUUGACAAGGCGAUCGAUCCGGAGCUUCUCAACCAGUAUCGGCAGAUCUUCGACGGCAUCGAGCGUCGUCAUGCCGACUCGCUCAGUGCAGUGGAAGCACAGGAGGUUCUGCAGCGGUCGAGGCUUCCGAACCAGGAGCUUGAGGCGAUCUGGCAGCUCAGUGACGUGGACCAGGACGGAGAGCUGUGCUUCGAAGAGUUCGCUUGCGCGAUCCAUCUAG